GGGGGGAGUGAGAACUGAGAAAGAGAGAGAAAGAGAAAGAGAAUGGCAGGGAGGUCUUGUUACAGAGAUGUGUUGCCCUUUGUAGCCAUGGUUACAGUGGAGAGCACCAACGUUGGCUUAAACAUCUUGUUCAAGUCAGCAACCUCAAGAGGGAUGAGUAACUAUGUCUUCAUUGUCUACUCUUAUGCCUUUGCCACUGUUCUUCUUCUCCCUCUUCCUUUCGUAUUUCCCAGCAGAACAAGGCUUCCUCCAUUUGAGCUCUCUCUUAUAGUGAAAGCUUUCAUCCUUGGAUUCAUUGGGUUUAUGGCAAAUAUAUGUGCAUAUAAAGGUAUAGAUUACAGUUCACCAACUCUUGCUUCAGCUAUCAGCAACCUCACGCCGGCUUUUACUUUCAUACUUGCCAUCAUCUUCAGAAUGGAAAUGCUGAGUAUGAGAAGCACUAGCACACAAGCCAAAGUCAUUGGUACUUUAGUGUCAAUAUCAGGUGCUCUGGUGGUGGUUCUCUAUAGGGGCCCAAUAGUUCUAUCCACUGCAUCAGAAAAGGAUUGGGUAAAAGGUGGCCUAUUACUUACUGUUGGGUACCUUCUGUUCUCUACCUGGUCUAUACUUCAGACACAUAUUAUGAAGACAUACCCGGCUGAGCUAGUUUUGGCACUGUUAUACAACUUGUUUGGAACAAUUGUAUCAGCACCAUUUUGUGUACUAAUAGCUGAAACAAACUUAAGUGCCUGGAGACUAAGGCCUGGGGUAGCGUUGGCUGCCAUUAUAUACUCGGGGAUCUUUAGUUCAGCCUUGAGCACCGUUGUUAAGACAUGGAGCCUAAACUUGAAAGGUCCUGUGUAUGUAUCAAUCUUCAAGCCCUUGUCAAUUGUCAUUGCUGCUGCAUCCAGUGUAAUAUUCCUCGGCGAUGAUCUCUUUCUCGGCAGUAUUAUUGGAGCUGUAAUGAUAUCCAUAGGAUUUUAUGGGGUGAUAUGGGGAAAGACAAAGGAAGAAGAAAAGAUGGAUCAAGAAUAUGGCUUUGAUAGCUUGAGAGAGUCACAUAGUUGUGAGGCACCAUUAUUGGAAACCUACAAAGCUGAAAGUAUGUGACUUUUGUUGUAAAUAUUUAUUAGUUAGUGGACAUUCUUGUAAUUAGCUUAUUAGAGAUAUUUUUGUAAUUUACAUACUGAUUUCAUCACUAUAUAAGAGAUAGUUUUAUACUCAAUAAGAU